GCGGGAGCCCGGCGCGGCCCCGGCCCCGGCCCCGCCGCCGCCGCCGCCCCAUGACGCCCAGCGGGCGCCCCGCGGGGCCCCGCCGCUCCCCGCAGGCCUGGACUGUGAAUUUGGUUGCGAUGGAGACCGUGUCCCUGGAGCACCAGAUCCAGAGUGUGCAGCGGCACAUUGCUUUUCUGAAGAAGGAGCAGAUGGAGCUGCUCCAUGACCUGCACCUGGAGAUCCUCCGCUUGCAGAAGCACUGCUCAGAGCUCACCCAUGACCUGGAAAUAAAAGAGCUGGAAGCCCAGCAGCAAGAUGUCCUGGACCGGGAGCUGGAGGAGAAGUGCCGGGCAAUGGAGGCCCAGCUGCAGGAGAAGGAGAAGGACAACCUGGAGCUGCGCAAGGAGCUGCGGCACAAGGAGACGCUGGUGGCUGCUCUGCGGUCCAGCCUCCGCAACAAGGAGCGUCGGUUCCUGGAGGAGCUGAAGCGGCGGAGCCACCGCGUCACCAUCCUUGACACAGAGCUGCAGAAGCAGACAGAAGCGGCUGCCUACCUCUCCCUGCAGCUGCACGCCACCGCCCAGCGGCUGCCGGGCCCCCGGGCGAGUGGGCGGCCACCCCCCGAGCAGCCCCCCGCCGGCCCCCCAACCGAAUGCAGGCCCCGGCGCCGCAACCACAGGGCUCACCCCCGGCGCCCACCCGGGGACGGUGCCCGCCCCAGGGACCCCGCACAGGAGGAGCACGACGCCAUGCCUGACCCGGCUCUCUUCCUCUACACGGCACGGCCGCACGCCCCGCAGCGGCCGCCGUCGGAGCCCCCUGCCCAGGCCCAUGGCACGACCAGCACCUCCGCAGACCCCCGGGCACAGAGGCCCCCCCGGCAGCCUGCGCAGGAGCCAGUGGCCAGGGCCCGGUCGGCCAAGGGCGAGCCCGGCAAGAGGCAGGGGUCUGGCCCCCGUGGCGCCCCCCGGGCCCGGGAGUAGGCGGCGAGGGGGCAGCAUGGCCCAACCGGGCGGGAAGGCCUGAGCUUGGCGGCACCGGGGUGGGCGCCGGCCAAGGUUGCUUUCCCCCGUCCCCUCGGAGGGGAAGGAGCAGCAGAAAGCGGAUGCCCUGCUCGCACCUCCUGCCCGCAGGCUCCUUGCCCGAAGGGUCUGAGCUGGGGGUGCCGCUGGCAGUGCCAUGGGGCAGGCGGGCAACCCAGCAUGGGGUCUGCAGAGGGGAAACAGCUGAGAGUCUGUCCAGAGCUUCCAAGGAAAGCAAGAAAGAGAGGAAGAGAGAAAAAGAAAGAAAAUUAACAUUUCUGCGAUGAGAAGAUCUUCCUCCUGCUGCUACCCCUUGGAGCAGAUGCCAGGUGUGAUUUCCCCAGCCAGGGGUGCCAGGAGGUGGGUGUGCAGCAGCGAGCGAUGGCUGUGCAGCAUACGGCUUGGCACAGUGGGAUGAACUCAUCUGGACCUCCGGUCCUGGGCAUCACUGGCACUGGGGUUGGGCUGGAGGGCCCCAGACAUCACCAGGAAGGUCCUUCGGGAUGCAGGCAGCUGGACGACAGUCGAUCCCAUGGGUGCAGGAGGGAUCCCCCCUCUACAGGGAUGGUGCAGCCAUACCAGCCAGGUGCCAGGCCCUCUCCCCCCUGCGCAGUGGUUCGGCUAUGUCUAACAUGGAUUUCCCCCAUGUUACAUUUACAUGUAGGAUUUGGACAAGGUAGCUGGCAGCGAGCUGCAAGAGCCAGCCCUGCCGGAUGCCCUGCGCGGCUCCUUACCUGCCGCAGCCUUGCUCCACGUGCCGCUGGAGCAGGGCUGCGACUCACACUCCCCGUACCAGGCAGGCCUCCCCUCGGCACCAGCAUUUCGGUUCUGGGUCACACCCACAGCCAGGUCUGGGCUUCCUGCAGAUGGCUGAGCAGCCACACCACGAGUGUGCUGCUGAGAGUAAGCGAUGGUGUACCAUUAGACACAGAAACCCUGCUGGGGCCAAACCAGCCCCAGGCUCAGCUUCCAUGAGGAACAGAGGCUGGAAAAGCCACUUCACCCAUGUCUCUUGCCGCAUCCGCCAGGGCUGGGCUGCUGCAGGGCCCUCCAUUCCCACCCCUUCCCACCUCCCAGUCCCUCCCAGCAGAGCGGCUGUCAGCACGGAGCCUUUGGCCUGCUGAGGCAGCCUUGCUUGGUCUCCAAACCAAACCAGCGGCUUUAUCCAUCCAUUCCCAGGGCGUUCUGAAACAGCACACAGGGAGAGGAGAGAACAGCUCUGGCAGCUGGGAAGGGUGAAGGUCUCGCUGCUGGGGCACCAGCGGGACAUGUGCUGCUCCGGGCAAUACCGAGGGGCAGGUUUUGCCCUGGUGGUUUGGCUGCCAGCCCUUGCUGGCCCGGCUGUGCAGACGUGCUGGGGAGGUGAUGCCCAGCCAGGAGCCCAGGCCCCUGCCCGCAGCCAGCACCUUGCCUGCUCACCUCCUGCGGGACCCCUGCUGUGUCCACAGCUGGCGUGGGCAGGAGGAAGCCGUGGGCCAUGAUGGAACCCCACUUCCUUCCAAUUCAGUUUGAAACCUCUUCACAAACAUUGCCGUCAUAGACCAGUCAGGCUUAGCCUGCCUAACUUAGCGUGCCCAUGCAGUCAAGAGGUGUCUAUUUUUGUAGUUCAAUAUUUAUAUACUAUAUUAAAAUGCUUUUAUGAGAUUCUCAGCAACAGUUCCUUAGGCCAGCUCUUUGGUAAAAACAAACUCCUAAGUGGAUGAGCUGCACUAGCACGACAGAAAUUAGCAGCUUUUAUACCUUUUCUUUGGCUGUGAUGUGAAUAGUCAGGCUUUGGAGGGCAAGACCCCUCCUGCUCCCCCGAGGGCAUCCGCAAUGGCUGGGACCCCCCUACUUCCCAGCUGCUACCAUGGUCUCUAAUGCACCCCUGAGUUUGGGAAGAAGCCCAGCAAAGCCACACCUGGGCAGGUCCCCCUAGCCGGAGCAGUCACCCUGGCUGAAGCCCUGCAGAGGUGUGCAGCUCCUGGGGGCAAAGGCAAAGCCCUAAGGGGAAAUUUUUGCAGCCCCUGACAUGUCCAGAGCCACUGCCCCAGGAGCCAGAGCUCAGCAGAGCCCGUGCUGGCUCCUGCCUGCCUUCCCUAACUGUACCUCCCCACCAAAGGCAGCAAAGACCCCUGGCAGGGCACCCACGUGCCCUGGUGCAAAGCAUCAUGUGCCCAAACCGCCUUCCCAGGGCAGGUGGGGUGCAGGGGCAGCAUGGGGUGCAUUGGUAGCACCCAGCUGGGGUAUGAGCACCUGGGUACAGUUGCACAAGGGAGAAAAUCCCUGAGUCUGGCUCUUAGUAAGGCUGCAGGAUGCUUCCCACCUGUUUCUCACUGCAAGGUGAUUUAAUGCGGGCUCUGCCUAUGCCCCAGCUCUAGGGGGAGCUGGUGUGUUUGGGGCCCUACUGUUGCCCACCCCUGCAGAGGCAGAGCAGGGCAGCAAGGCGCAGUUUGCACUGCACUGCAUCGCACAAGCAGCACCUGGGGGCGCAGCAUUGCAGUCACCCGGCUCCUGGUGGUGGCAUGCAGGUGAGGUGCCGUUUGGCCUUUGGAAACUGGUGUUUCUCUCCGGCUCAGAGAGGUUCUGCUGAGGAGUCAUCUCUAUUCUCUUUUAACAUGAAAGAGGGUUAUAUGUGUCUCUGCGCUGUUUGGCUGUUCCUUUAGCUGUGGUGUGCACAGCUGCUUUCCUCUCUCCUUUCUAGACAAUCCUGAUAAACGGUGUGUUGCAUUUUUAUUAUAAAACCCUUGAUCAUGGUGUUUGUGACUGACCUAAGCAUUGAAAAUGGGAGGGAGAAUUAUGAUCCUUCUUCUGUGUAAAUACCUUCCUAGCAAUCAUCAUUUUUAGUGCCUAGUAUGUAAAUGAAGCAACCCUGUCUGAGCUGCAGGAUCCUUUCCUCUUCACCACUAAUUAACAGCUUGCUCAAGGAGUUUAUCUCAUUUCCAGACCCCCCCACUGCUUCUCCCUCCUCCUGGUGCUUGCGGGCAGCUGGGCAGGCCCUGAGCCCCACAGCCCUUGGGUGUGCAGGCAGAGCUGCCUACAGCAAGGGGGGGUCAUUUCCCAAAGGGAUGGAGAGGGAGCACCCCAGUUCCACCCUUCAUGCCAAUUCAAUGUGCUUGGAAAUGAGUUGUCUGGGUGAGCCCUGUGCUUUUCCCUGGGCACCCUUGCCUUGGAGUGGGAAGGAUCAGCUCCUGCGUGCUGUACCUGCUUCAGUCACUGCUGCUUUUCUUGGGGGGGAGGGAAGCUUUAGAGGUACUAUAUAUACACUUAUAUAUAUACACACAUACAUGCACUUGUUUUGAGGGGAAAACACUGUAUGAUUGUAAUAGAAAUGAUGUUGAGAUAAAUUAUUUUAAUCUUUGUAUUUGUAUAAAAUGAUCAAAGAGGUCAAAAUGAUCAAAAAAAGAACAAAAAGAUGGCGUUCCUAUUUUUUAUCGAGUAGGCCGCUGUUAGCCACAGUGAACCCAGGGAGUAGCAGGAGCCCAGGUAGUGCCUUCUGUCCUCUCCCUGGGCAGGGGGCUCUUACAGACCCCCUGGUCUCGGACUAUAAGUUAGCCCUUAGCCUGUAAUACGUAACAGGGAUCUGUAGGUGCAUUUAGUCAGUGCUGCCAGACUCCUUGGGAGUCCAAAGGGUGCGCACAGCUCCGACCUGCGCCCUAUACCUGGCACGCAUAGACAGAGGAGUGCAACGGCUGACACCUACGUGCUUUGUAUGGAACAAGUAAUGUUUAAUGUUGGCUCGUAAAGCUUAAUGAUUAGACUGGAAAUGGAUGCAUAGCAAUAAUGCUCGGUUGUUAAACAAUGUCUUAUGUGUAUAAACCACAACGUGCUGAAAGCUUUCUGCGUACAGACUAACAGCCGGGCACCUCUCCUCUCCACCCACCCCGUUCUUUCUGCAGCUCUGCAGAGGCUCAUGGAUUUGAUGUGUUGGGUUUGCUAAUCUCUCUUCUCUUUAUUAUUAUUAUUUUUCCUCAUGCUCUCUGAGAAAGCAAUGUCUCAAAUUGUGCAAGCUUGCAGCAGGUGCAGGGCAAGUGGCAAGUGGGGAGGAGAUGCACCCGCUCCACUUGCUGCAGCUGCACCCGUGCCGGAGCCAGCGGCACUGAGAGGCAGAGGCAGUCCUGGUGACUUGGUGCAUGCUCCCCUGGACUUACUUUAGCCUUGCGCAGACAGACCAAUUGGGAAGUUCUCCCUCUUGACCCUGUUAAUUAAAAAGCCAUAUUUUCUGAAUGUGCUUGCUGGGGCUAAUCUAAGUGCUCCCAGCUGCAUCCUUCCCAUCCUCGCUGUGAGGGUGCCAUUGCGAGGGCCUGAAUAGCGCAGCCGCUCUCAAAAAUCCCCUCAGGGGGGCUGCACGACCUUCCCUGCUGCUGCACAGCACUGCACAGAGACCCGUGUGCAGCGGAGCCGAAUCCUGCUGCCUUGGGGAAGCUUUGCCCAAGGCAGAGCCCAAGGCUUUCUAUAAACUACCUUACUGCAAGCAAAGUUAGGUGCAGGGCACAGAUGAUGGCUGUUACACAGGGGCAGCUGCAGCAGAGGGGCUGAGGGGUGGUCUUUUCUGGAUGCCCUGGAAAGCUGGCAGUGACACAGCAAAGAAGCGUCCCACCUGAAGCAGCUGGAGAGCCAAAGCCAGCAGUGGUCAGGAAUUGCUCUGCUCUGCACAGAGCAUCUCAGUGCAUGAGUUUCCCAAAAUAAGCUCCCAGGAGGCAGAGGAGUGGCAGCACCGCAGCAUGGCUACCUCUCCCCACCAGAAGGUAAAUCAGCAGCACGCUGAUGGACUUUUAUUGCUUGGGACGUAGGUGAACAUUUCAGGGUCCUCAUGUGCAGCCUUGCGCACUGGCUCCUGCUGCCCAGUGAAGCUGUGGCAUCCUGCCCUUCUCUGGAGCACCAGCCCUUGCUUCCCAGCGGCCCUGAUGAGCCAGUCUCGCUGCAGCGGCACCACAGCUGCCUGUGUGCACAUCUGUUCUUGUCACCUUCUUGUACUGUCGGCGCCUGGCUGCCAAGUCCUACAGGGAAUGUGAAGGAGGGGAGAGAAAACUCCCUAACUUCCGUAGGUUGCCUCACGCUGUGAAUCAGAUCAGCACUACCUGUGUGCCAGGGCUGGGUGAGCAGGAGAAACCUGGGAUCAACAAGCACAGCAGCCAUGGAGGAGUGUGCCAGACAAGGCGGCCUGUAAAAGCAUGAAGAUAAAAGUGUUGUGUCUCCUCGCUGGUUAAAGCUGCCCUUUGCUCCCCAAGGCCAGGUUUCUGCCUGUCUCCUCUCUGCCAGCACUGCGUGGGGGCUGGCCCUGCAGCGACGCUGCCAUCCCAGCUCCCCGCUGCAGCCUGUGGAGGGCUGGUGCCUGUGGGCAGGGGGACACAGAGUGUGACACUUGGUACUGCCACCAUAUCAGAUCCCUUUGCUUCACCCUCCUUCCCCUCAUGUCUUUGGGCAGGAACAGGGUCAUGAAGCUGCUGGUGUGAGUGUGAGAGGUGCACCCAGCACAAACCCAAGUGGCACGUGGUCCUCCAUGGGGUGCACUGAUGCCUCUUACCAAUAGAUCUCACUGAUUUUGUGGCUUCCAAAAACUAUCCCCUUUCCUGUCAUUGCAUUUAUAGCAGGAAUGAGACGACCAGGCCAUGGGAAUCCCUCAGAUCUUUGUAUGUCUGAAAAAAACAGACCCUUUUUUCCCCAGGGGACAUGGGUAAGGUGCUGAGCCACAGCCCCUCAGCCUUGCAGGGACGAGCACCAUCUGUAUUCUCUUGGGUGUUUCAAGGUCAUGCAGAAGGUCACUGUCAUCCUGGUCCUUGCCAAGCCCUCCUUAGGUGGGGACAUCACCUCCGCUUGGCCAGAGCUGUGCUCAGGACCCUGAGGAAGGCUUUGACAGAGAGAAUGGGUACAGCUCCUCUGGUCCCAGAGCAGCUGUGGUUUUGUCAGAGCAAAAAUAUUCUCCUUGGCUGAGUUUGCAAAGCUCAGCUCAGAACAAUACUAGCUUGUGCCUCGUGCUGAGGAGAGCCAUUGUGGUGGGACAGAUGCCAAAGGUUUGACACUGCUCUGCUUUAUUGAAUGUUCAUUUUACUACAUGACACCAUUCUUUGCCAGGAUGAUGUUAAUGUCAACUUUGCUUUUUAACCAAGUGCUUUUCAAAACGUGUUAAUACCCAGAGACUAGAGUAUGGAGCUGUACUUUAGGCGUCAUUGUAUUAUGCCUUUUUCUUAAUAAAGAGAUUGAAAUCUGCA